GCAGUCAGAACGAGGUGCUGGAUAAAUUUUUUGCCACUUGUUGCUGUUACAAAUAUGGUUUCAUUAAAAGCGUUCUUUUGUCCAGGGAACUGUUGGAAGUUUGUCUAGUACGCUAGGAAGUGAUGCUGAAGAAGAAGAAGAAAGCGUAUUAGUUGAAUACGAUUUCACCACGGGAGCGCCAGAAGCUAAACUUUAUGAGGUAACGGUUCUUUUAAGUCAUUGUUGUAAACGUACUGCUUUAAUAGAUGAUUGUACAGCAGGAACGAGCUUUUUGAUGCUGCUGUCUCUCCAAAAGUUUUCUUGUUAUUUGGAAAUCAGUUCCAUUAUUAGAUUAAAUAAGUUUUUUUUCUUCCAGGUCUUAAACAGUUUUAAGUCGAGAUAUGACGAUAUCCUGAACGAAUUUGCGGAUGUCGAAAUUUUUCUUAUUUCACUGGACAGUUUACUGAUUGAGUUAACUAGCCACAACUAUCUGAAUUGGACUUUAGGGGGUCAGACAAUAGUUUUAGCAAGACAGAUUGACACAUUUCUCGGUCAGUUAAAUUCGCUUGGCGGCAAGUUCAAGUUAGUUUGGUUCACAGCGCUACGUGGAUUAUACGAUGAUGAUACUGUUCUAAGAUUUAUUCGGUCUUUUUUUGAAAUUCAUCUUUUACAAAGUACUUGGUCUAACGAUGUUGUGGAGUUCUGCAGUGUUUUGGAUCCUGAGUGGACCAUUUUCUUGAAAGACUUAACUCCUUCAUUAUUUGUAAUUUCGAACAAGAAACUUAAUUUUCGCCAAUUUUUGGCCACUGUUGCAGUAUACACUUUGGCUGCUGCCGUUCCCGUAGUUUAUAUUAAUGGUUUAACUGUUAAUUUGAGCUCAGUCCAGUGCCAUCGAUUACAACCACGUCUCCUUAAGCUUACUGGAUGGGAAAGUUAUCUUUCAGAACUUUGGUGUCAGAAAGUUGUUUUACCGCUACGGCUACAGGAUGAAUUCGCUACGCUUCAUGGUGCUAUAGGAAUGACAUUUUCCUUACAAACUGAUGUCGAAGAACGUUUAUUUAGUCCAGUGACUCCUGAACCGGUACUGUUCGAGAAAUUUGUUGAAAAAAACCCGAAAUAUCGUUUUGAACCGAUCACGGAAAAUUUUGUAAAUAAUUCUGAAAGAAGUGACGAUGGCCAAAAACGACUAAGAAGCAAACAGCUACUGCUUUGUAGGUUUGAACUUUUUGCGUAUAGUCUUGAAGGACGAGGAAGUAAUUUACUAGUCGACUUUUCGAGGCCAUUGCCGAUAAGUGUUCGUAAGGAGUUACGGGAGGAGAGUUCAGACCAGCAACAGACAGGCAAAGAAAAGCGAAAAAUCAAAGGUUUGGGGUAUUUUGGGGAAUAUAAGGGGAAACAACGGAAAGAACCAACGAAGUCGAAGAAAGAAAUGAUACUGGAAGCAAAUAAAAAUAAAAAGAACGCUAAAGUUGCUCAAGAUGAAGCUAUCAUGGUUAGUUUCGCGGCGAGUCAGGGUGUCAAUGCUGUGAAGUUCCUUGAAGAUUUGUUAGGGAAACUAGAACUGCCUGCGUCAAGGGCAAAGUGUGUAUAUGAACAAGCUCGCAGCCUGCUAAGUGAUAUUGAACACCUAGGAGGUGAUGCAAAUUUGAACUCGCGACGCGUUCAUUCUGUUCCGCUUGUUGGAAAACUUCGAAGCUUAAUGUUAGAACAUUGGAACUUUCUGGAUGAGAAGCAAAAACUUUUUGUAACAAACGCCUGGAAGUCUCUAGGGUUUGUAAAGAAAACAGGGCAGGGAGCAAUUUAUGAAGAAAAGUUAUCGUUGAAAAUGAACAUGCUGUAUUAUCAACUUGAAUUCGCUGGUGAGCUGAUUGAUAUGCAGUCCGACCCACAGAAGGAUGAGCGGGUUACUGGUUUCCGUCCGGAUGGUUGGCAGCGACGUUUGCUAGAUGCGGUUGACAGAAAGCAGUCUGCUCUUAUAAUUGCCCCUACAUCUGCUGGCAAAACAUUUGUGUCAUUUUACUGCAUAGAGCAAGUGUUAAGACGUAGUGAUGAAGAUAUAGUUGUUUACGUGUCGCCAGAGAAAGCUCUGAUUAACCAGGUAUGCGGUUCAAUUUAUGCGAGGUUCAGGAAUAAGACGAUGACUGGUGGAAAAAGCUUAUUUGGGACUUUGACGAAGGAGUAUAAUGAGAACCCAUUAAACUGUCAGGUACAUUUCGGUAAUUGGACCGUUCAUCCUUUGCCGUCGUGUAGUUCUGUACAUAAAUUUGUUACCAUUUAUGACGUACAUUGCAUCAGUGCCUCAGCGGAAGCUCACAUAUGGCAGCAUUUGCUGCUGCUCAUUCAGUGCCCGUUUUUGGCCUUGUCGGCUACUAUUGGGAACCCGGAUGCAUUGCACAAAUGGCUUGAAGUAACUGAGAACUCAAAAAGUAAAAGGGAACGGAAGGUGGAGUUAAUUGUCUAUAAAGAACGGUACUCCGAACUUGAGCUAUUUCUCCAACGGCUAUUAUCAGAUCCUAACGAAACUCUCAGCAAAGAAAUGAACAGCAAGAGCUCUACAGCUUUAGAACAUUUCAUGCCAUACGGUGUUUUUAAGCCUACAAAAUUAGCAAUGUUUGGUAUACCUGCUGACCAGCAGCUGACAGCGCGACAAAUUCUGGAGUUGUAUUACGCACUUUCUGACGUGGAUGAGUCUGUGAAGGAAGAAUUCGAACCAUGUAAAUUUUUCGGUCAUAAAGAAGGCGAGAAAGACGUUUGGUUAACUAGAGAGCAAUUGCGUAAUUUUGAGAAUGGUUUGAAGAAUCGUUUUGUCGAGUGGUUAAAGAAUGAUAGAGAUAAGUUAGACAAGUUUUUGACUCGCAUUGGAAGGAAUGCUGCAGACGAAUUAGAGUGUAGAAGCCAUCCUUUUGAUCAGGUAAUAAACAUUAAUUUAUCCAACAUCUUUGUCUAG